AUGCCUGUAGACCUGAGUUCAGUCCCUGGAUUCCACAUGGACAGGGAAGAUGGGGAGCCACAGCCCAAGGAGCUCAGAGAAGAGGAAGAGGAGCACAGGGAACUCAGGCUUCAGAACUAUGUCCCAGAGGGUGAAGACCUGAAGAGGUGUCGGGUCCCCCAGGCCAAACCAGUUGCAGUGGAGGAGAAGGUGAAGGAGCAGCUGGAGGCUGCCAAGCCAGAGCCUGUCAUUGAGGAAGUGGACCUGGCCAACCUGGCACCUCGGAAACCUGACUGGGAUCUGAAGAGAGAUGUGGCUAAGAAGCUGGAGAAGCUGGAGAAGCAGACCCAGAGUGCCAUUGCAGAGAUGAUCCGUGAACGGCUGAAAGGCCAGGAGGACAGCCUGGCCUCUGCAGUGGCUGCCAACAUUGAACCAGAGGCCUGUGACUCCGACUGACAUGUUUUCCUAUUUCAUCUCUUCAGCACAGACAUCUCCUCUGAUGUAAACUGUGCUUUUUAACUUCUAUAAAUAAAGCUUUCUUUAAUAGAG